AUGGUAGUCCAUCCCAAAUCACUGCAGUUUGUCAUCGACACGUGGCCAGACGGUGCCAAAGAGAGGUUUACGGCAUCUCCCUGUAAACAGCAGCGGGCGCAGAUUCGGAUUAUUCGUACGCCGCUCUCGAAGCCGACGGGCCCCACCGAUCACGUGAGGAACUUUUGGCAUCAGGACGGGGACAAAACGAUCAACAAUAAGCACACCGUAAAAACCAUUGUCUUUGGUGACGUUCGUGACAUCAGCGGAGAAUUGGGCGGCCACCGAUCACGGCACCGCAGGAGCUGCAUAAGAACCUCGUGGCGACUGAGUCUCAAAUCACUUGGCACACUGAAGGAAACUGAGCCACAACCAACGCCCAGGGGUUCUCAACACGCUCGCGGUGGAUCAGCCCAAGCAACACUGGAGUUUUGCGUUUGGGGCAAUCGAAGGAAACCGAUCUGCGGCCACGCAGUCGCGGAACCCCCGGCUGGGAUUGACUUUCGGUGGACGACCCAGGUGGCACAGAAGCUGCGUGCGCCAGAGGGCGCAUAGCGCUGACACCCAGCAAGAAUGCGUCGUUUUGCGGGGUUGGAAGCGGCAAGAGCAUGA